GGGAAGAGAAGAAACAGUAAAUAGGUAGGUUUUUGAACGUUUAAACAAUUAUAUUUCAGUUGGUACUUACUACAUCUGUCACUCGUGGUUAAACAUAUAUACAUAAGUCUAAAGUAUUAUCGGAGUGAUAAUAUUAUAUCCUGUUAUUUUCGGAUAACAUUAAUAGUCCAACCCAAUGCUCGAACCGCAUUAAGAGCAGUUGUUUGUGUUCUUUUAGGUAUGUGCCUCGUAGUAUUGCACCCCUGAUUGUCUAUCAACCUUACAGGUGCUGUAUUUAUACUAUUGCCUGUCAUAAACUGAAGCACUUAUUAAUCUAACAGGAUACUCCGCCCGUCCAUAAGGAAACCCUAACUAUGUGCGUAAUAACACUAACAAAAUCGCCUUUUGUUUCCAGUAACAAUGCCGCGUCUGGAACAACCGCCGACGGAGGACUUCCGCAGGGUGCUGCGCGAGAAAGCGUUGAGCCACAGUUUGUUCUACAUGAAGCUCGGCGCGGGAGUCGCCGCCGAGCAGGCUCGCGAGCCGCGUCGCCCGACUAGCGCCAGUGCGAGCGCACGCGCGCCGCCGGCUGCCCGCCUUUCCCGCCAACCGCAGCCGCGCGUCUCCGAGCUCCUACGCCGUUUCGAGCCCGCCCCGAUGCAGUAUCUCCGGCCCCCGCGCGCCUCCUCCCCAUCUGAAGAUAUCUCCUCGUCAGAUGACGACGACAGGGCCGCCGUCAGGCGACGCAGCCGUGACCUGAGCGACGAUUCUGCCGUUGAAUUAGAAACCAGGAGGAGGCAUUCCCAUCCCAGAGACAUCACGCCCCCACCUGACGCUAUGUCUCCGAGAAGGGAGCGCACUUUGAUCGAGGCCCACGUUGUGGAGCUGGGGAGGCGCGGAAGCGAGGGAUGUGAAAAGAGGGGAAGGUGCGUGAGGACGCCCAGUGUGGUGGUCAGUGAUUACUCUGAUGGCACUGUGGCCGUUGGCGCCACCGAAGAGGAAGUCGACUGGCUCCGGUCCAGAUCCCUGUCUGCUGACUCCGCGUGUUCCUCUUGCUCCACUUUGUCCAGUCGCGAGGAUGACGAGUUCGAAACCCCCGUGCAGAAAAAGAUGCUAAACGCUGAAUGAGGCACAUUGACUUCUGAGCGACCUGCGAGGACUUGAGGACCAGCAAUACUUCAUCGCGAAGGAAACUCGUUCUGGAAGAAUCUACUUUUGUUUGUUUAAAGUGUGAGCAACCACGA